CCUGACUCACUUUGGUCACCUUUCAAGCCCACUGCGCAUGCGCCCUGGCCAACUCUUUAAAUACCCCCAAGUCAUCUGGCACAACAAAAACAUUCCGCUGUCAGCUCACUGCUCCCGAUGUCCGCCGGGGCGAACCGACACGGCGCUUACUCGUUAGUGCACGUUAAACCGGAGCCGCCGUUUGUGAAUAACGAACAAUUUAGGUCGUAGGAAGGAGCGUGCAGGGGAGAGAGGUGGGGGGGGGGGGAGAAAAACAAAGAUGGUGGUCAUAGUGUAGCCACAGAGAGCAGUUUCAACACAACAUCCGCCACCGGAUACAUACAGCAGACAGACGGACAGCCGAGCCGAGCCGAGCAGAACCGGGCCGCCGGUGAACUCCUGGCACGGAGCGAGAAGCAAACAGCUGAGAAUUGUUUUUGUUCCUACUAGCUAGCCUGCUAAGCUUUUCUAGAAGACCGCCGCCAUGGACGACGGGGACGUAGGCGUCGCGCCCGGCUCCUCCUCCUCCUCUUCCUCGGCCGGCCUGAACAUCGGGGCCGGGGGGGCGGCGGCGGAGGCGGCGGCCGAGGCCAUGCAGGAGGAGGUCGGGACGCGGCGGCAGGCGCAGGCGGAGGGGCCCGGCGACGCCGACGCGCAAGAGCCGCCCAAGAAGAGGAGCAAAGUGCCCGAGGGGGAGUCCGGCAAGCUGGAGGAGAGACUGUACUCUGUGCUCUGCUGCACCGUGUGCCUAGACUUACCCAAGGCGUCCGUGUACCAGUGUACCAACGGCCAUCUGAUGUGCGCGGGCUGCUUCAUCCACCUGCUGGCCGACUCUCGCCUGAAGGAGGAGCAGGCCACGUGUCCCAACUGCAGGUGCGAGAUCAGCAAGAACCUUUGCUGCAGGAACCUGGCGGUGGAGAAGGCGGUGAGCGAGCUGCCCACGGACUGCACCUUCUGCCUUAAACAGUUCCCUCGCUCCAGCCUGGAGAGACACCAGAAAGAAGAGUGCCAGGACAGGGUGACGCAGUGCAAGUACAAGAGGAUCGGCUGCCCCUGGAAGGGACCCUUCCACGAGCUGCCGGCGCACGAAGACGACUGCUCCCACCCCACCAAGACGGGCACGGAGCUGAUGGGCAUCCUGGGCGAGAUGGACCAGAGCCACCGCCGCGACAUGCAGCUCUACAACGGAAUCUUCAGUCUGCUCUGCUACGAGAAGAUCGGCUUCACGGAGGUGCAGUUCAGGCCGUACCGCACCGACGACUUCAUCACCCGCCUGUACUACGAAACGCCGCGCUUCACCGUGCUCAACCAGACCUGGGUCCUCAAGGCACGCGUCAACGACUCGGAGCGCAACCCCAACCUGUCCUGCAAGCGCACGCUCUCCUUCCAGCUCAUCCUCAAGAGCAAGGUGAACUCUGCGCUGGAGUGCUCCUUCCUGCUGCUGAAGGGCCCGUACGACGACGUGCGCAUCAAGCCCGUCAUCCACCACUACGCGUUCACCAACGACGCCAACGAGACGGAGUACGUGCUGCUGCCCAUCAACGACUCUGUGGAGUGCAACAAACUGCUGGCCGCCAAAAACAUCAACCUGCGCCUCUUCAUCUUCCAAGUCCAAAAGUAAAAAAAAAAGGAAA